AUGGUGGUAUGGGGUGUGCCAGCAACCAAGAGCUGGGAGUCCUGGUGGGAUGAGGAACAGGAGCACCUGCAGUACACUGGGUUUUUGGGACGUUUUGGGAGAUUGUUCUUGCUUUGCGCUUCUUUCUCUUCCAAUAUGGAAUUGGUACCAUCUAAUGUGGCCAGGCGUGAUAAAAGCAUCAUGGUUUAUGGUCUGUCGUGGCUGGUCAUUGUUGCUGUCAUGAUCAUCCUAAAGAAAAAGGUUCAGUGCAGAUUUCCAGCUGAGUUCAGACUUCUCAAAUUGUUCCUGUUUAUUGGGUUCGUUGUCACUCUUGGGAUGCUUUUUAGUUUCCUUAGUCUCACUGUUGGUGACAUCUUUGUUAGCUUGCUGGCCUUCUUGCCUACUGGAUGGGCGCUACUACUGAUAUCACAAGCAUGCAAGCCAAUGGUGAAGGCCCUGGGAAUGUGGGGGUCUGUGAAAGCUCUAGCAAGAGGGUACGAGUACGUGAUGGGGCUGGUUAUCUUCACACCAGUGGCUGUUCUGGCAUGGUUCCCAUUUGUCUCGGAGUUCCAGACCAGGCUGCUAUUCAACCAAGCUUUCAGCCGAGGGCUUCAGAUCCAACGUAUUCUUGCUGGUGGAAAGAAGCACAAGUCAAACUAA